AUGCACUUGGUCGAUAAUUUUGCGCGAGGAUCAGUAUCCCUCGCCAUCAUGGAUCGAGUAUUUAGCUCUGCCACUCAUGGUUGCCUUAGUCGCAAAGAAGAAGGGCCGGCGUCCCCGAUAGCUCAUGACGCGGAUGUCACGAGCAUGAUCGUGACGUCACUCUUUCGACGGAGCAACGCGAAGACAUACCAUUGGGGGUUGAUAGCAUCCCCAUUCCGGGCGGCUUUCGGUACGGACAAGACAAACGUUGGUGCAAUUUUUGCUGCUCGAUGGGCAGCAGGAGGCGCCCCCGUGUUGGCAACAACAAGCACUGAUGUGACUGUGGCCCAGUUCGCCCAGACGAUGUUAUCGCUUUCGGCCUAUUAG